AUGGCUCCAGCUAAGUGGCAUUCUGAUGAUGGGUGGAUUGGGGUCAUACCCGGAGCAUGGCAUGGACCUAGGAGCCCUCUAACAGCAAAAUGGGCCAUAUGUGCAGCCAUGCUGCUUUUGGCAUUAUCAUCAGUGAUACAAGCCGAGGAAGGACAUUCAACACCUUUGUCAGAGCGUAGUUUAACUGAUGCCUCCACAAUGGCACCAUCUUGGCCUUCCAAAGAAAUAACAUGGUCCCCGUCAAGGAAUGAUUUAACAGAGAUAGAUGGACAAGUACAAGAGAAUGUCAGCCUAUAUGCCAUUUUAACAACAUUGUCAAGCAGGACUUAUGAUAGCAACACAACCAUCAAUUUACAUGAAAAUGUAACUAUAUUGCUAGAAGAAUUUAAUUCUCCUGAAUCUUCAACAGACCCUUCAUCCCAAUUGGAGGAUGGAACCAUUGAAACAUCAGGUUUGAAUGAUACCAAUAUGGUACCAUCACCAUCAUUUCAGUCAACAUCACUGUAUGAUUUUAACAGGGCUGUCAAAAGUUCAACUCCUCCACCAAUAUCAUCAUUGUCAUCGUCACAGUCAUCAUUAUUAUUAACAUCACAAUCAUUAUCAUAUUCCCAAGAACCUUCAUUAUCAUUGUCAUCUGAACAGUCAUCAUUUUCUCCAGCCUCACCAUUGACUCCCCUCCUGUUAUUAACAUUGUCACCUCCAACAUCAACAACUUCAAUAUCAACAGUUUUAUCUUCAACACUACUAGACCCACCUUUAUUAUCCCAAUCUUCUUUAUCAUCAUCAUCAUCAUCAUCAUCAUCAUCAUCAUCAUCAUCAUCAUCAUCAUCAAUAAUAGAGGUAGAGUCGCUAUCAUCAUCACUAACCUCAGCUGCAUUGACUAGUGUAUCACCCAGGGAAACAGUAGAAUAUCUUAAAAAUACAGCUAAUAGGGAAAUAUUUGCUACAGUAGUUUCUACAGUUAUUACUUCAAUAUCAUCUGACACAGCAUCUAAAGAGUUUGACUUUUCUGAAACCACUUCUUCACCAUCUACUCAUGUCACAUCCAGCGCAGCAGUUGACUAUUUAAGUCAAAGCCCAGUAAGUACUGAAAUCCCCUAUACCAGGUUUUCUACUGUUAUGACCCCAAUAUUAACAUCUGACCAACUUGAAAUGACUGAAACCACUCAUUUUGACAUUUCUUCACCAGAAUCUAUUAGUGUCACACCUAGUGUAGCAGAUAACUAUUUAAAUCAGACAACUCCAAAAAGUACUGAAAUUAUUUCUACAGAGUUUCCUACAUUUAUGACUUCAUUAUUGUCUAAAACAAUAUCUGACCACCAGCUUAUAGGAACAGAAAUUUUUUCACCAGCAUCUACUAGUUUGAUAUCCAGUGAAACAGCAGUUGACCAUUUAAACCAGACAAACAUAUUAAGUUCUGAAAUCACCUACAAUGAGUUUUCUACUGUUAUGACCACAUUAUCAGCUGAAUCAGCUUCCGACCAGCUUGCAUGGACAGAAACCACUUCUUCACUAGCAUCUACUAAUGCCACAUCCAGUGGAACAGUUGACAUUUUAAAUCAGACAAGCACAGGAAUUAAUGGAAUUCUUUCUACUGAGUUUUCUACUUUUAUGACUUCAUUAUUAUCUGAACCAAUAACUAACCUGUUUUCAAUGUCUGAAACCACAUCUUUACCAGAGUCUACUGUUGUCCAAUCCAGUGAAACAUUUGACUAUUUAAAUUAUACAAGCCCAGAAAGUACUGAAGUAUCCGGUGCCAGGCUUUCUACUCCUAUGAGUUCAUUAUUAACGGAAAUAACAUUUGACCAGAUUACAAGAACAGAAACCGCUUAUUCAUUAGCAUCUAGUGUCAUUUCAAGUGGAACAAGUAACUAUUUAAAUCAGACAAGCCUAGAAAGUGAUGAAUCUGCAACCAUUAUGGCUUCUUUAUCAUAUGAGUCAACAUCUUCAUUAUCAUCUGACCAGUUUUCAAGGUCAGAAACCACUUCUUCACUAUCUACUAGUGACACAUCCAGUGUAACAGCCGGAAUUUUAAAUCAGACAAGCUCCAAAAUUGGUACCAAGUUUUUUACUCUUGUGACUUCAUUAUCAUCUGAAUCUGCAUCUGACCAGAUGCCAUCUUCAUCAGUGCCUAAUAGUGUCAUAUCAAGUGGAACAACUGGCUAUGUAAAUCAGACAAGCCCAGUAAGUACUGGAAUCACUUCCAUUAUGAAUUCAUUAUCAUUUGAGCCAAUACCUGACCAGCUUACAAUGACUCAAACCACUUCCUCUACUAGUGCCACACCCAUUGGAACAGUUGACUAUUUUAACCAGACAACCUCAGGAAGUAGUGAAAUAACUUAUAGUGAGUUUUUUACUGUUACCGCUUCAUUAUCCACUGAAGCAACAUCUGAUGAAUUUGCAAAAACUGAAACCACUCUUUCAUCAGCAUUUAAUAAUGUCACAUCCAGUGGCUCAAAUGACUAUUUAAAUCAAACAAACCCAGGAAUUACUGAAAUCAAUGAUACUGAGUUUCCUACAGGUAUGACUUCAUUAUCUAUCACAUCCAGUGUAAGAGUUGACGAUUCAAAUCCCACAAGCUCAGAAAGUAGUGAAAUUAUUCCCACCAAGUUUUCUACGGUUAUAACUUCAUUAUCAUCUGAAUCAACAUCUGACCAGGUUGCAAGGAAUGGAACCACUUUAUCAGCAUUUAGUGAUAUUACAAUUAGUGGAAUGGUUGAUUAUUCAAAUCAUACAAGCUCAGGAAAAACGGAACUCAGUUCUGUUCAGUUUUCUACUGUUAUGACUUCAUUAUCAUUUGAAUCAACAUCUGACCAGCUAGCAAGGACUGAAACCACUUCUCCACCAGAUUCUACUAAUACUACAUACAUUGGAACAGUUGACUAUUUAAAUCAGACAAGCCCAGAAAAUACUGAAAUAUCUCUUAUAACUUUAUUUUCAUCAGAAACAAAGUCUGACCAGACUGCAAGCACCGAGAUUACUUCUACUGCCACUGUUGUCUUUUUAAAUCAGACAAGCCCAGGAUUUACGGAAAUGAUUUCUACUGAGUUUUCUACUGUAAUUAAUUCAUUUUCAUCUGAGCCCACAUCUGACCAGUUUGCAGGGAUUGAAAACACUUCUUUACCACCAUCAAUUACUGUCACUUCCAGUGGAACAGUUGAUAAUAUAGAUCAAACAAGUCUCCAGACUACUGACAUUUCUGCUACUGAUUAUUUUACCACUAUGGCUUUAUUAUCAUCGAAAACAAUAUCUGGUCAAGCAGAAAUGACUGAAGCCACAUCUUCACCAACAUCUUCGCCAGCACCAUCCAGUAAAACAGUUGACAAUUUAAAUCACACAAGCCCAACUGAAAUAUAUGACACAUUUUAUUCUACCAUUGUUACUUCAUUAUCAUCAAUACCCACAUCUGACCUUUCAGAAACAUUUAACAUUACUUCUUCUCCAGCUGAAUCCACUGCAUCAACAUUUUCAGUUAAAACUUCUGUUUUGACAAACGCAACCUAUAGUGAAACAUCUUCCACAUUUCCAACAACUACAAUGCAUUCAACAUCAACAACUAUAGAAAAUUCUACAGCUAAAGAUAAUUUAUUGCCUACAACAAAGGGACAAACCUUGUGGUCCACGGUGACUACUAACAUUUCAGCCUUUGUCAGUUCAGAAACCGUGCAUUCUAGUGGAAGCAGCACUCUUAUAGAAGUCACCACAAUUCCUGCACUUCAUACCCCAUCUCAUAUUCCAUCAAACACCACAAUCUCUCAUCAGUCACAAUCCAUCCCAUACACUACUGCCCCCAGUCAAACAAAUAUAUCUUAUUCUGUUUUUACAGCUUUAUCUUCAGUAUCAACUGGUGAAUUGUCAACAGUUUCAUCAGAAAAUAAUAGUUCAUCAACUAAAAUGCUAAAUUCUUCACCACAUGCAUCCUACACUAUACCCACAAGUUAUGUAACACCAUUGACUUCAAGUACAUUAGAGGCCACCGUACAUAUAAAAACUACUUCCAAAUCUCCAACACAACUUACCACUGAUCAUCCUACAUCAUUCACACCUACAGACACACAUACACCAACUACUGCUAUAAUUCCAGCCUCAGUUGUAAGUAUAACCACAAAACAUCCAGAAAUACAAACACAUUCAUCUAACACAACAAAGACAGUUCCCUCAACAGUCACGAGUAUCAAUACCACAAAACUAUCAACAACAUCCCCACAUAACUUUACAUCAGCUUUAACAUCUAGGACCAUACCUGCAAAUACAAUAAUUCCUGUGGCACCCACAAUAAAUACAACAGCUGUUGCCAGCACCAUUGCUACAACCCCAUUAACGUUCUUGACGACGACAUCUAUUGCUUUGGAAUGCACACUAUCAUCUGAAGCCAUGUUGAAAACAGUUCUGACUAUGUCAAAGAAACUGACGUCAGCAGAAGAGGCAAAUGUUGUUCAGAAUUGGACAGAAGCUCUUAAUCAGACCUUGUACCAAGUUUUUAAGCAGCCUAUACAAGUGUUGGUUAAUAGGACACAGUUAAAUGUGAACACAAGCAAUGUGACAAUCUUAUACUUUGUGCUGGUGAAUUCUACUGUGUAUAUUCCUUCAGCUAUAUCUGAAGUUGUUAAAUCAAAAGCUUUCCUUUACAUUCCCAAACUGUUUCAACACAUAACAAGUCUUCAGUCUGUGCCAGUGCUUGCUGAACCAUGGGAUCCAAUUCCUGCAUACACCUUACAGUUAAAAACAGUGCUAAAGUUAAUGGGUGCCGAAGCAAAUAUACAUUCGUGCAGCUAUGUGCGGAACAUGGAACAAAAGCUAGAGAUUGCAUUCGAGAAGGCUGCAACUGGAAAUUUCUCUGUCCAGAUCCUGAAUACAUCUCAAGUCGAUCAGGCGCUUACACUGAUUUAUGUGGUAAGGAACGGAAGCACUCCCCUAAACGGUACAACAUCCAGCUCUCUGCUGAACCGCCUCACUGGAGAAGUGGUGGGAUACUAUCUCGGACACCCCCCUUUGAUUAUUGCAGAAUCUUUAUUCUAUCCUACAAUUGAUGUAUCUGAGGCAACCAGAGAUUCUUGGGUGAACACAGUACUUCUAGGCGUUGACGACGCGUCCUUAGGAAGUAACAACCAAAGUUUUGCGAGAACAAUGGAAGAAAGAUUGGCUAAUUUAUUUCAGCUGUCUCAACAGCAAACUAGACGAUUCAGGCGAGCAACAACAGUUGGCAGUUACACUGUUCAGAUGGUAAAAAUGCUGCGAUUGACAGGUGCAAACAAAGCAGCAGAACUUACUUAUUAUGCGCUGAAGGACGGACAAGCACUACCCGGAACAGUGGCUGCAAAACAGCUAAGCACCAUUGAUCCACAGACCAUGGCUCUAACUCUGGGCUAUAUUGUGCGGGUUCAAGCUGAAUCUGUCGUAAAUAUCCCUCCAAACAACUUAUGGAUCAUUGCUGCCGUGCUAGCCCCUAUUGCCGUAGUUACAGUUAUAAUUAUCAUUAUAACCGUGGUUCUGUGCCGAAAAAACAAGAGCGACUUUAAGUCAGAGAACAUCUCCAGCAUUCCUCCGAGGACCAAGCCAGUUCAAGGCUUUGAUUACGCUAAACAGCACCUCGGACAACAAGGAGGCGAUGAGGAGGCACUACCAGUUACCCAAGAGACUGUGGUCCCAUCUCUUAAUUUGUCACAGGAAAGGGACAGUACAAAAGAUGGUAGCACUGAAAAAAUGCUCAAAUCUUCAGAAACAAGAAAGAGCCGAUCGCCCUGUGAGAACGGUUCGGUCAUCAGUAACGAAUCAGAAGACAGCAGCUCAGACAGGAGCAGCCCCCACCCAGUAAUAUCUCAGCACCGAGUGUCAAAGGAGGAGGCAGCAAAGCGUAACGGUUUAACCAAAAAAACACGAAAAAUUGUGCCUAUUAGUGACGAAGAAGAAGGGAUUAUACUGUUUGAUAAAAGUAACAAAAUGCCAGUUGAUCCAUUUGAUUCAUCUUCUGGGUCAGUGCAAUUAAUUGCAAUAAAACCAGUUACAGUUCCACCAGACCGAAAUCAAGACCUGGCUAUUAUCAACGGAGAGGUCAAUAAAGCACUGAAGCAGAAAUCAGAUAUAGAACAUUACCGCAACAAACUGCGCCUGAAAGCGAAGAGAAAGGGCUACUACGACUUUCCACCGAUAGAUAACAAGUCUCUUCCAGAAAGAAAGAGGAAGAUAUAUGAGAAAACUCAAAUGGAGAUUGACAACGUGUUAGAUGCAGAUACAGACACUUCCUCUCCAUUUGCUGAGCCUAAAAACAGAAUACCAUCAACAAAGAAUCAUCCAUACAGAAGCAGACAGUCUCUCAACAGCCCAAGCCCAGGUGAAACUGAAAUGGAUCUUCUUGUAACUCGUGAAAAACCAAGACGUGGCAUUCGUAACAGUGGCUAUGAUACGGAACCUGAAAUAAUUGAAGAAACAAAUGUUGACAAAAUUAAACAAGCAAGAACUUAUAUCAAAUCCCGACAGGUCAAAGGUCACUCAGAAACAUCUACCCUGAGCUCUCAGCCUUCCAUUGAUGAAGUCAGACAGCAGAUGCAUAUGUUGUUAGAAGAAGCCUUUAGCUUGGCAUCUGCAGGGCAUGGAGAACAUAAAAGACCCCCUCCAGAUCCAUAUGCUUCAGUGCAACACAUGCCUUAUUCUGAGGUUGUAACCAGUGCCCCUGGCACAAUGUCAAGACCUAGACUGCAGUGGGUACCGACAUAUGGACCAGAUAUGUAUCAGUACAGCUUACCCAGACCUACAUACCGGUUUUCACAACUUCCUGAAAUGGUAAUGGGAUCGCCGCCACCUCCUGUCCCUCCUAGAACAGGUCCUGUAGCUGUCACCUCUCUCAGAAGAUCUACAUCUGAUAUGGCCAACAAGACAAGAAUGAAAGAGUCUAGUGGGACUGAGCAGACUUCAGGUAACUCAGUGCCAGCGGUAUUUGCUAUUCCAGGAAACCGAUCUGGAUACACUGGUUAUUUCAUACCACAACCACCAUCAUCAUACAGAAACCAAGCCUGGAUGCCGUAUACCGGAGAUAAUGAACUUCCUGGACAAUGGGCAGAUACAGUUCCUUUGCCAGGAUACAUUGAAGCAUACCCAAGGUCAAGAUACCCACAGAAUUCUCCUUCCAGACUCCCAAGACAAUUUAACCAACCAGCAAAUCUACACUCCAGCCUGGAUCAUGCAGCAGCAGGACCAUCUAUUGGAGCUUCUCAGCAAAGCUUGGCAGAUACUGACACUCCAGAUGCCUCCAUCACCAACUUAUCCACCGCCGCAUUGGUAAAAGCCAUAAGGGAAGAAGUUGCUAAGCUAGCAAAAAAACAGACUGACAUGUUUGAGUUCCAGGUCUGAAGCACCUGAACUCAACAUAUAUUGUAAUAUUAGUAAGUGGUAACAGUGCCUCAAAAAAUAAAUACAAAAAUUGUACUUGUAUUUUUAUUUAACAUAAAAGAAAAAACAAACAAAAAAAAAUGGUACUUUGGGACAAUAAACUUCAAUACAUGCACUAGCGAGGAUAGAAAUAAAAAUUGACCAAUGCUAAAAAAAUGCAUAGAAGUAUCUUGCAGCAUUCUUAUGUCCCCCACCCCCCAAAAAAAUCAUAAUAAUUAGUGAAAUUCAAACUAUGUAAAUACAUAGAAAUAUAACUGACCAUACUACAAUCUUCUGCUGUGACUUUUUUGUGUUUUUGAGCGGGAUAUUGCCAAGAUCACUCAUUUUUUUGGAACAAACAAAAGCUAUUUAAGUACUGUACAUUUUAAUUUUGUAUGUACCAAUAUACUCUAUUAAAAAAAAAUUGAAAAAAAAAAAAGAUUAAAAGCUCUAAAGUUCUGGAAAACGGCAAAUAUUUUUAGUUUUGUUUCAUUCCUUAAGUAAAUACUGAAAAAAAUAAUGUGAAAAACUGGUGCUACUUGCGUUCAAGAUCCAGAGGAUAAAAAGUAUCAUUGAGAAGCGGUCUCUUCUAUUUGACAUUGAAAUGUUUUCUCAGAUUGAAUCUCAGCUGAGUCCAGCAAACCUGAGAACCUUGAAUGAAUUUGGCUUGCAACUCUAUCUGUAAUCACUCAUACAAACAGUACUCUGUUGAGAGAGUUCUCUAUUCUUCCUGGAAGAAUGUCAUUGAGUUAAGUAAAGAGCCAAUUCUUGGUUUACCCGGACAAGGGGACUGAUGGAACAUCCACCUUUUAACACAGGAAUUCUUAUAAUGAAAACAUUUUCUGAAAAAUCCUUUGUGUGCUUAUUUAACAUGU